AUGCCGUCAGUAGUGUCAGAACUGGAUGCCAACUGGCCAGGUUAUACUGGUGCUGAAAGAAAACGGAUCAUUUCACUAAAGACUAGUCAGCAGUUUCAACCGUCUCCCAAAUCUCCCGCUGACCGAUCUCGAACCGCUUCUCCUGACGAUCCGUCGACUCCCUCUGAAGACCAGUUUACUCGUCGUCCAACUAGAGCAAAUGCUCCUUCGGCACCUCAUGCACUAAGUAAGAAGAUUGCUGCAUUAGAUAUGUUAUGUGCAGGAGUAAGCGAUGUGGAAGUUGCCGCUCGUCUAGGAGUAUUUCGUGGACUCUUGGAUCAAUGGCGAGCCAAUGAACCAGAACUUCGUGAGGAUUCUAGUUUUGUGUUCGAUGAUGCCUCAUACAAUGACUUGGAACUUGUUCACUUUCGUCUUACGGAUUCUGCCCUGAAAGAUAUUGAAAAUUUGGCUAACACUACAGGAAACCACACAUUUAGCAUUACGUUCAGUGGGACCGAAGGAUCAUUUUUUGUUCCCAUUGGGAAGAACAGCAGCAGGUUUACAUUUAAUACCUCAAGCUUAACGAGUCCUCAUGAUGAUUCCUUUAAUUGUUUGCGUAUUAAAGGAGUUUCAACUCAGUGUCUCGGAAGGAUGGUUUCCAGGAUCACUGUCAAUGCUAAAGAGGAUAGCUUCUCAGCAGCUAAGGAGCGACUGACUCAAUUAGAAGACGAAAAUAAAAAGUCUCAAACUAAAGAAAUUAAAUCGAAUAAAUAUGUGGCCUCAAGAACAGCAAUAUCACAGUCUUCUCACAAACAAAGCAAUCGGUGUGUAAAUUUAAAAGGAAAAGGAAAUGAAACUACACCCCAGAAUUUAGACUCCGCGAUCGCACCUAAUCGAGGUCAGUCACAAAAUCCUGUUGGUUGUGGUCCCAGUCCGCCUCUGUCUAAUCCAGAUGUUUUGGCACGCUCCCUGAGAGAACGCAUUAUUCAUAUACUGGCAUUACGGCCUUAUCAGCGCCCUGAGUUAUUAUUACGGUUGUCUCGUGAUGGUCUGUCGCACGCCCAAAAAGACCAGAUCUCCGACAUAUUGUCAGCAGUCGGUCGUGUUGGAAGGCAGUCGGCAUACUACCUUAUGCCGUCAGUAGUGUCAGAACUGGAUGCCAACUGGCCAGGUUAUACUGGUGCUGAAAGAAAACGGAUCAUUUCACUAAAGACUAGUCAGCAGUUUCAACCGUCUCCCAAAUCUCCCGCUGACCGAUCUCGAACCGCUUCUCCUGACGAUCCGUCGACUCCCUCUGAAGACCAGUUUACUCGUCGUCCAACUAGAGCAAAUGCUCCUUCGGCACCUCAUGCACUAAGUAAGAAGAUUGCUGCAUUAGAUAUGUUAUGUGCAGGAGUAAGCGAUGUGGAAGUUGCCGCUCGUCUAGGAGUAUUUCGUGGACUCUUGGAUCAAUGGCGAGCCAAUGAACCAGAACUUCGUGAGAAAUUUCGUCGACUGAAUACAAACACAGACUCAACGCCUUCAACUCAGAUCUCCAGUUUUAAUCAACGUUCCCAGGUGUAUGAUAAAUCUGUCGGUGUUCGUCACCAAAAUCCUACUACGUCAACCUCAAAUGACGUUGGCAGUCAACAUUCUGUUUCAUCUAAUUCUGAAAAUACAAUUCCUCCUCACAAACGUGUUAGAUUGGAUGUGCCUAAUACAUCUUCCACUUUUACAGAUCAACAGAUUGACCUACCAUACUCUACUUCGGAUAAAAAUACUUCAAGAUCAUCCAUUCUGCAUUCAUUUCCAAACCAAAAUAAUGAUGAUCAUAACAAUCAAACUAACACAAUUUCUCCUCCACUUCACGAUAAUCUCCACCCACUUGAUUCGUAUAAUCGUCCAAAUCAACCUUGUACAUAUAAUACAGCCGGUGGAAGUGAAGGGGAAAGUGCUGAGCACACUCCAUUCUCUAAUUCAAGUACUGGUAGCAGUGGUUAUGGGGGUUCAAACAACGGCUUGACUGCUUCUAGUGGAGUAGUAAACGGUAGUAUUAGUGUUGAUGAUCGCCGUGAAGAGUUAGCGAGAUCUACAUCUCGAUGCCCUUUGACAAUGUCUGUUCAUUCUGAAUGCUUAUCUAGUCGUUUACAAGCUGAGGAUCAAUUGUCUGAUGGUAAUAUGAUGAACACAUUGGCGUAUGAUAUAACCGAGCAACAAGCUUUGUCUCAAAAUAUUGUUGGAACGGAUGGUUUUCAUGUGGGUGAUUUAAACAGUAAAUUAGCUGAAAUCGAUCGGCUUUAUCCAGAAAUCUCGACACCAGAACAAGCUUCAAUGUAUUUAUCUGAAUUUGAAUGUACCUAUCCAACUUACCUUCGAAUGUAUCAUUCCUUCUCAGAUAUAUGGAAAACUGUCAGCAACUUACGAAGCCAAUUGUUGGAAGCUACCAAGACUGAAGGUUUCGAUAGUGCCACUACAACACAUUUAGCGAAUCAAUUAGAUAAAUUUAUGCGUCGUUCCCGUUCACAAAAAUAUCGUGAUGAUGAAAUUCAACUGACAUUGAUGGUGCAUAAACUACGAUUACUAAAACAAAGACUUGCUGAUUCACAACAUCACAACAAUGGUGGUUGUGGUCGUGUCUCUUCUGUUACUAGUGAUGAUGCAACAGGCAACAAAAUUGGUCGACGUCAUUCUAAGAAUAACAGUAAUCACAAUAUUAAAUCUGUUUCAAUGAAAUCGUCAACUAAUCAAACCUUUUCCUUGUCUAAUAACAAUGUUGUUCAAUCGUCUGUUGGUAAUAACAUCAGUAUUAAUAGCAGUAGUACUAAUAUUAAGAAUAAUAGUAAUCACCUUACUGAUAAUUGUUAUCGUCAAUCGUUAACUGAUCUAAGCGAUUAUUCAAGUCUGCUCCAGUGUAAUCAGGUUUGA